CGUAAUCACACGCAGAAUCGCUUCAUAAUCGUCCACUCUGACUACCACUAAUAAUGUACUGUGACUCUGUUCCCACGGUACGCUGUUCAUGCAUUCAUAGUACUUUCUGUCUCCUAUUUACUGUUUUUUCCUCACCACCAUGGCAACCUCUGCUUCAUUUUAUGGAGUUGUUAGCCUUCAAAAUGGAAGCAGAUAUCAGAUUGACAAAAAGAAUUUUUGGCGAUACGACGGAUUCAUUGCCACUCCAGAAAUCGGAGAUAUUCGUGUAAAUGUGUUCACAUUUAAUGCCAACACUGCUUCGGCCGAAGACGGGAUCUAUCUAUUGGAUGCGCGGAUAACUAUCGGUCCUAUCAUUGACGAUGAAGGCAAAUCUGUGCAUUCCCUUCAUCUCUUUGCCAGUGACCCCCUUCCCAAUGGCGCUCCCGCCUUUUCGACAGUCAUCAUAGCAGGUAAAGUUUCGCGCAGUACCUUGUCAGUUAAGCAGGAAAAUGGAUUUGAUAUGGAUAUCUCACAAUAUGUUGCUGGCCCCCAACUGAACAUGCGAGUUCGCUGUUAUUAUCCUAAAGGACAUCCGCGUUUCACCAAAACUCCUUUGCCUGCCGCCACCGGUCCAUUGGCGUUGGUCUGGGACAUAUUCCCUGGCCCUCCUGACCCUGUAAUCGAUCCAGAAGACUGGGCUUGUGACGAUGUACUGGCAUUGUUAUUGAUUUCAGUGAUCAUAUGGAUGAAGGAUGAUCAAUUGUAG